AUAUCCCAUUGUUAUCCUGUGGAUAACCUGUGGACCCUGCCAGAGAAAAGGUUCUUAGCAGAUGUUUGGCCAAAAGACACAGAUUCAGGCCUCUAUCUUUUAGUUUAAGGAUGCUGUAACAUUGGAUUUGUCACAGAAUAAAAAAAAUUUUUUCCAGUGACUCUGAUCACACCAAAGACCGAGACAGUGUGGAAGGACACAUUUGUGUUGUCUACCCAGUGUUGUCACAAGCUCUUGUGUUUUGGCAGUGUGUUUUACAGUAACAUCCUGUUUGUCUUUAUCUAAAAAAAAAAAAAGGUUAAGGUUGCUAGAAGAGAAAAAACUCUUCCUUUGCAAGAUCAGCAGAGCAGAGAAAGACUUCAGCCGCAAGUCCUGACUUCCAGCCGUCACCAGAAGAGACCUUGUAGUGCGCUGAGCAGGCACAGGCUGGUGACUCAUUUGCCCAGGAAGGUCUCUGCGUUUGGCUGGACCCAUCUGGGUUUUCUGCUGUCGGCCCAGACCUCUUCACGGACAUGCUUGAGUCGGUUUCAACUGCCAAGAACUCAGUGCACAUGUUCACCACUUGAGAGCACCCACCCACAGAUUUUCCAACUGAUUUCUCAUCUGCUGUAAGGGGGAACUUUAACCCACUGAGUGUCGGAGACUACCCCACCAGACGAGAUGGAGGCCGUGGCAAUAUACAACUUCAAGACCACCGAGAAGGACGAGCUGCCAUUUAGCAAAGGAGAUAUACUGAAGAUACUUAAUAUGGAAGAUGACCAGAAUUGGUACAAAGCAGAAUUAAAUGGCAUGGAAGGUUAUGUUCCUAAGAACUAUAUAAAAGUGAAGCCCUACCCGUGGUAUGCGGGACGGAUCUCCAGGCAAGUGGCUGAGGAAAUCCUGCUAAAACGGAGGUUCCUAGGAGCCUUCUUAAUCCGGGACAGCGAGAGCUCUCCGGGAGAAUUCUCAAUCUCUGUCAACUACGGGCACCACGUGCAACAUUUCAAGGUUCUGAGGGAGCAGAGUGGCACCUACUUCCUGUGGGAGACCAGGUUUAGCUCCCUGAACGAGCUGGUGGAUUAUUACAGAUCAAGUUCCAUCGCCAAAACCCACCUUGUGCUCCUGCGGGAUGAAGAGGAGAAGAGGAAGAAACAGUUUGUCCAGGCUCAGUUCAACUUCAUGUCCGGCAAGACUGGCGAGCUGUCAUUCCAGCGAGGGGAUGUCAUCGAGGUCAUGGACAGUUCGGACCCCAACUGGUGGCGUGGAAGGAUCGCAGGCAGGAUUGGCCUUUUCCCAGUGAACUACGUCAGCCAGAUGCAGUUGUGACCCAGUGCACUUAUUUCUCUGGCUGGUAAUACUGACCUUCUUCGAUUAGGACAGCCAGAUGGUGGCGGGGCCUUCUGCUCUACUGAGAAUGUGGAGGACAUCGCAGUGGCUUCAGUCUAUAUUCUCUUCAUUCUAGUAAGAGACUGGAUUUUGUCACCAGAUAUUGUUUUGUAGCAACAGGCAAAGUAUCUCGCUUUAUAUUGGCUUGAGAGGGACAGUAAUAGCAAAUAAAGAUUGUGAUGUACAUUGAGAUGCUUACCCACCAAAACAGCAUGUUGCUGAACCCAUCUAAUAGUUUUGCGCAUAUUGCCAGGACCUUCGGGAAAGCAUAGUACAUGUAAGAAGUUGGGGUCUUAUCACAACACAUAGGGCUUACACACGCACGACAGGAACAUUUAGACUACAUUAGGCCUGCUGUUUAUUAAAUCAUAGAAACAUAUACAAAGAGCGGUUUGCUCCUAAUAUCUAAGGCAUUUUGCUUAGAUUAUUCCUGAUUCCUCACUGGAACAAUUUCAAAAGGAGGGGCUUCGUGCAAGUGGGAGUGGCCUGUUCAUUUCACAGGCGGAUUGGGCGGCUACAAGCUGCAGUUAUUGCAUUUAAGAGGAAUAAAACAACUACAGUAUAAUGUAGACAUUUAAAAAACAUCCAUCACAUCUGGAAAAGUGAAGUCAUAUUAUAAUAAAUGUGUCGAGGGGUGGGGGCAAUUUGGGCAAAUCCAAAAUCUAAAUUAUUUCUUCAAGUACAAAUAUUAAAUUCUUCCUAUUAUGGGAUGGACCCGAGAGCUGCCGAACUGAGACGUCGCAUAUUGUGACAUAUUUGCCACAUUUGGAGUGGUGAGUACUGUAGGUAGGCAUUGUUGUUCCCCCAAAAAAUAAGAUUGCUGUGUUGCCCAGGGAUUGCUAAUUUGCUAGUUACCUCUUGGCCUGUGAGCCUUGGAUGUCCAUAGAGCACCCCAUAGACAUAGAUUAAUGUCUGGCCUUUUGUAUGGUGCAGCCUCCACGCAAAGCCCCCCUGGAUAACAAUCCAUCAAUUAUCUGCAGAAGGCCCUGUGUGCUUGCUUGGCACAAUGCCAUUAUAACACUUGCAUGAAGAUAUAAAAAUUGUCUUCUGCAUUAUACCGCCCUGCUGCAAGGGCCUCCCAAUGUCUUCACCAAGGAUUCUCAGGCCAUGGAGAGAACAGCCUGGACACCUCCUGCCACCAUUGAUGUGGUCAGAAUGCUAUAACGCUGUAGUCCCUCAUUUGUGUGACCUUUGUUGCGUGUUAAUACUUUGUGUGGAGCCGGCUGUCUAUCAUCUGACCAGUAACAUUGUCAUUUCCAUAUUCUGCUCAAAAUCUAUGGUAAAACCAAGGUGUAGGCCGGUUUGGAGGUGAUUUGGUCGCAAGUGGAAGCACAGAUGGAUCCCAGGGAUAUCGACAUAUGCCGUAAAAAAGUAAUCGCUAAACUGUGCAUGGAAGAGAUUGAAAGUGGAGACGGCUUGGUCCCUCGGGUGGCCGGGUCAGUGGUCUUCCACUGCCGUAUGGACAACUGACUGCAUAUGAAUCCAACUCGAAAUCAGCCCCAUUGUGUCCAUCUCUUACUACUUAUCUAUAUUAACCCAAAAAUCAUGUACCUGGAAGGAAGUGAAAAUAUCUUGAUUAAUAAAUAUAAUUUAUAUAUUUCACAUA